CCCAAAAUGUCGGUCAGCUACGUACUUUUGAUGAUGUGUGUAAUUAUUCUAGGCAGCGCAUGGCACGGCCCAAGCGGUGAAGCAUGGCGUUGGGCUGUCCAGGAAAGGGGUGGCUCCUGGCUUGUGCAUGAGCUAAAGCACGCCGAAACAUCGCCCAUCCUGGUCGUUAAUGAGCAGGGGUGGGAAGAAACACGAAGACGUGCUGCGCUGGUUGUCGUUUCAGCGCCCUCGUGACAGUGCUGAAGAUCGUGGUGAUCCAAUCCUGUCGCAAUAUUGUCGCCGUGCUGGGGUGAAGCACAUCACUUCCUGCACGGUCAGACGAUGACUCUUCGGCACAAUCUGCGCGCCUAACUCUGAC